UGCGUCAACUACGUUAUAUAAAAUUCAAAACAAUGACAAUACAUUACAAGACUUCAAUUUUGUUUAUUUUCUGUCAUGCCACUGUUCAAGAAGAAAGAGCAAAGAAGUGUUGAGGAUAAACGUGCAAUCGAGCGAAAAUUAGUUCUAGCUCAAGAUGAUCCAGAGCCGACAUUUGAUAUCUCUUCAUGUGGAGCCAAACAGAUUCCAGAAAGAGUUUACUCGAUGUGCAAAGUAUUGCAGAAAGAGGUGCUUCUCCUUCAUGAUAACAGUAUAAAAGAUCUUAAAAGUGGUGGUGAUCUCAAGAACCUUGCACAACUACGAGUGUUAGAUCUUCACGGAAAUUUAAUCCAGGAGCUGCCGGAAGAAAUAAAGUUUUUGACAAGUCUUCAGGUUUUAGAUGUCGCGAAUAACAGCUUGAAGUUUGUUCCUAAGGAAAUAAAUAAAUUAUCUUCUUUGCAAACUCUUAAUGUUCAAGGGAAUAAACUCAAGAUGUUACCAGAUGAGAUUGGCAACAUGAAGUCAUUAAGAACAUUAAAUAUAUCGCAUAAUUUUGUGACAAGGCUACCAAUAUCUCUGGCAAAUGUCAAAACAUUGGAGAAUUUGAUUGUUGAUGCCAAUAGUAUGGUGUUUCCAUCUCAAGAGAUAGCCACCGCAGGAACUGAUGAAAUGAUGAAAAGUCUUUGCACUGCUGCUGGCAUUGAGUACGUACCUCCAUCAAAAUGUCUCCUGCCUGUUCUGGAUGGUGGUUUGAACAUCAAGCUUCCUGAAAACAAUGCCGAACUUGAAGAUCAGCAUAUCCAGAAAAAGAUACAAGACCGGGAAAGAGAAAGAGCAGAGAAGCUUGACAAGUUAAUGGUGGAACAGCAAAUUCGUCAAGCUAAGGAGGAAGAAGCAUUACUAAUUGCAAUGAAUAAGAAACAACGAGAAGACAUGUUGAAAGCAUUAUCGCAGGAUGACAGCAAAGCAAAGGAGAAGCUUCUUAUUGAGCAAAUAAACAAAGAAAGGAAGAUGAAUCAUGCUUUGACCAGUAUAGCCAAAGAGGAGCAACUGGCAAAUGAAAGAGUGUCGGCCAUCUUGCAAAUGAAUGAUAGGACAAAGUAUUCAGAGCAACUACUUGAACAGAUGGAAAAAGACAAAAUUGCAAUGGAGAAUCUAGUUAAGGUGACGCAAGAGGACGCCGAAAAGCUUCGAAAGAAAGAAGUAUUGGCGGCCAUGAAUGCUUUGCUCGAAAAUGAAAACCAGGAAAAGUUGCUUGAGGAUUAUCUCAACAUGAAAAACCAAGCCAAUUCUGAAGCGAUGAAAUCGGCACUUGAUCACUCCAUGAAAAUCGACGAACUUCUCAUCGCAAAAGAUAAAGACUAUUCAGAUAUGUUGAAAAAUAUCGCAAAUGAGGACUUUGCUCAAAUGGAAGCUUUUCGUGUUCUCCAACUUCAGACCGACGAUAAACAUCUUCGAAUAACCACUCAGCUUGAGUUACUGGAACGCGAACUUCAACAGCUGAGUUUUUUGGAAAUGGAACGGAAGAAGGAGAAGAAAGAGGAUAAUAUGGCUGUUUUGGAAUCAAAUCGGCAAGCCCUUGCGGAAAUGUUUGUUCAGUUGAUGGAAGAACGGAGGAAAAGAGAAGAAGAAUUGGCCAAGCGACUGGUGGAGUUGGAAGAAAGAAGAGAGGGAGAGUUUGAAGAUUACUGGUUAAUUCAAUUCCAGCGAUUGAUGGAUCAGAAACCUGAAACACUUAUCAUCAAGGAAAACGGCUGUGAUGAAAACGUCGCUCAUGUCCUUGCUGAUGCGCAUGCUCAAGAUUACAUUGCCAACUUUGCUCGCAAUAAAAUUUCCUGGCAAAUUCUUCGCAAUCUGAAAGAUGAUGAUUUAAAACAGAUUGGUGUUCACGAAUUUGGACUUCGUUGGAAAAUCUUACAAGCCGUUCGGGUCUUAUUGGAUGAAGAAAAGAAAGCAGCCGAGAAAACGAAGAAAUUGGAAUCUGAGAGUGAACAUGUCAAGGCGAAGGAAAAUGCUUUAACGCCUGCUUUUAUUGUUCCUGCUUCACCAAGUGCACCAGCUGAACCAUCAAGUAUACCUGUUAUUGACUCCAUUGAAUAUAGCGAGGAAAAUUCUUGUGUUAUAUGUUUGGACGCAAAGCGAGAUGUCAUCUUUCUUCCUUGUGGUCACGUAUGCUGUUGCUAUAGGUGUUCGUCUGGCUUAAGCGAAUGUCCGAUUUGCCGUCAGAGUAUUACGAAGGUCGUGAAAAUGUUUAUGGUCUAGUUGAGCCUGCUUACAAUAUGAGUAAUGAACUGAUCAUUACUUCAUGUAUCCUUUGUUGAUGCAAUGGUUAUAGCUAUCAUUCAUACAUUGAUUAUGCAAUUGAAGUUUGAAUUACGAAUGAUCACGGAUCUGGAGAAUUAACGUAACUACUUUAUGUAACUCCAAUAUAAAACACUUGAAUGCUGGAACAUUGAGUGAACAUGCAAAUUGUGAAUAGAAAUUUUGAACAUGUAACAUAUCGCCUUGAUUAUAUUAUAUUAACCUCAAGCAGAUGCUUUGUAUAUUGGUAGUGUUACGUACUGUAAUUUUAUGUGUAUAGUUUAUGGUAAUCUCGAACAAAUAUAGUGUUCCCGUUUGAGACGGA